AUGGCAAUUGCCAUCGAAGGAAUAUUGGGCACAGAGAAUCGAGAGCAAAUCACAUUUGACCAACAACAGGCGCUGGCAUCAUCAAAAACCAACUUCCGAAUGCCGUCGGGUGACCAUGCAUUCCUGUUCGAUAUCCCACUUCCAUGUAAACUGCUGGAUACAGUCACCGGCCCGAAACACCAAUUCCACACUUACCAGGUAGAAGUUGUCAUCGAGCGACGCCUGAAAAGUGAUUUGGUGAUAUCGCAGCCUAUUAGGAUCUACCAUGUCUCCGAUUUCAACUCGAGCUAUCAGAGACAGUUCUGCCCAUUGACUCUUGAGGGACAUACGGACAAAGGUGUCCAGUACUGCGUUUCGAUCAAUGAUCGAAAUUUACCUUUCGGGUGUUCAUUCCCCGUGGAAUGCUGGUUUGCACCGUUGUCCAAGGAGACCAAGCUCACUACUGUAACGAUCAAAGUGAUCGAGAAGCAGACUGUGCGAUUGGAGGCUACUGCCGCAGAAUCAGUGCGGCAUAACAUCCACUUCCUGACCGAGGCGCAUAGUCAAACUGUAUUCGCCAACAGUUUUGAUUUUACCCACGAGGCUCAAAACCCGGAGGAUGACUCCGAUAUCGAAUGGCGAUUCACAAAGCCAGUCUCUCUGCCGAAAAGCUUGAAUGCCUGCUCACAAAGCAUUUCAAACAAGUUCAUCAAGAUCACGCAUGAGCUGGUGGUCACGGCACAGUUCAGCAAUGGAGCCGAGCAGAACGCAAGCCAGAUCAAGUCGGUCAUGCCUUUCAAGAUAUACAUGACGCCGCAUGUAACCAGUGAUGGUGCCUCGGCUCACGGGCAGGACAUGCAGCAUAUGCAGAAUAACCAAAGUCCACCACCGGCCUAUAUCGAUCACUACUCAGAUCUUGUUGUACCGGACGCAGCUGACGUGGAGCUGUUCGAACAUCCAAUGAUAACGGAAAUCAUGUCCCCACGCUCAUCGAGUGAGCAAAGUACGCCUAUUCUAGCGGUGCCACCCGCCCCCCUUUACGAACAGGCUGUGUAG